AUGUCAACCGCACCAAAUACCGCGAUGCCUGCGGCGAACUCAACAGCGAUUCCAAGUCAUCCGAAAAUUGAACAGAAAUUUUCCAGCACACAGGGUACAGCUCAAUCAAGUAGUGGUCCUGCUACACCCGUCAAUUGGGACUCGGAAAUUCAACUCGUGGCAUCACUAGCAAAGCUCCAAGAGCUCGAAAGCAAAAUCCACGAGCUUCGCCAAUUCAUUCCAGCCGGAGUCUUGGAACCGCUAGUCCCAAUCUCCAGCUCAAAUGGCAUCUCAUCAAGUACCCCAGUCGCAGAGACCCCACCAAUUCUGCGCAAUGAUCUCGAUCAUGCGGUGCGCGAUCGACUCGCCCGCAUCGAGCAGUUCCAGUCCAUGUGGCGCGGGCCAGAGCUGAAGCCUGUCUGGGCGCGUGCAACAGCACGCAUGAAAGAGGCCAAUGGACAGCUUAUUCAACCAACUGGGAUCUGGGAGAGGGACUAUGAUGUCCUCCUCGCGGAACUUACCUCAGCAGAGAAGAAGAAGGAAGAUGAGCGCCUGCGAGAGGAGGAAGAUGCUGAACGAACGAAGGUGUUAUCUUCUGAAGGCGGAUGGACUGCAGUUACGGAGCGAUUUACUCAACGUGGUUUCCCUGGUGUCCGUUUUAUCAAGGGCUCAAACGAUACCUCUAUGGGCAUCGCGCUUGGUAGAGCUGGUAUGCUCUUUGUGGUAGAAGGCGUGAAAGAUUCCGGCUCUACUGAUGUAUCUGAGUGGAAUGUUUCUAGUAAAGUACCGCCAGGUCGCUCCCCUGUUAAAUUGGAGGAGGCUAUUCUAGAUUGUCUGAACUCACGACCACGGAAAUGGGAUUUGAGUUUCUUGUUGGACAUGAUAGCUUCAUAUGCGAACAUCAAACAAACACCAUGCAUCAAGUGCAACCGUCUCGCCAACAACGCCGCUCGACUUCCAUCUAUCCGCCGGGCACAAUCCACUCAGCCCACAAAACCAGAAGAUUCCAAAGACCGCGUCUUCUCCUUCGACGCCUUCCAUACCGCCUGCGCUUAA